AUGGAGAAGAGGGGUUUCUUUACUGUUAAAAGUGCUUAUUGGGUGGCUAGGGAGCAAGUACUUGGUAAUGUCUUAACUACAACUUCGAAUGGUGAUCCAUUUAGAGAAUUAUGGAGGAGACUGUGGAAAGCAAAUGUCCCUGGCAAAGUUCACAUCUGUGUUUGGCGUGCCUGUAGCAAUCUGUUGCCCACAAGAGACCGCCUGCUUACUAAAGGAUACAUGGGAGAAGUCAACUGCAUGCUAUGCACUCAUAGACUUGAAGACACAGCCCACAUUUUUUGUAAGUGUCCAAUAGCUCUUGAAUUAUUAUUUGGUGCUUCCUUUAAUAUUCAGAGCUCUCUUCUUCCUAAUCUUAACUUCAAAGAAUGGACGUUGGAGCAAGCUUUGAGUCUUAAGGCUGAGACCUUCGAGAAACUCAUGAUGAUCAUAUGGGCGCUGUGGAAGAAUAGAAAUCUAAAAUUAUGGGAAAAUAGGUCACAAACUGCAACUGAUAUGCUCUUUAGUUGUGUAACCUGGCUUGAAGAGUUUCAAAAGACCAGAAAGCCUGCUGUCUUGCCGGUUAAACAGAUACGACAGAAGUGGAAGCCUGCUGCUGCCAAUAGAGUAAAAAUCAAUGUUGACGGUGCUUUUUUAGAGCAGAUACCACAUGGAGAAAUUGGGGGAAUCAUGCGGGACUCAAGCAGCCAGUUCAUUGCUGCUUUUACUCAAUCGGUGCAGCAUGUUACUUCUGUAAAGCAUGUGGAACUGUUAGCCAUUAGAGCUGGUAUUGACCUCACCAAACAGCUGCAACUACACCAAGCAACCAUUGAAUCUGAUUGCCUGCAAGCAGUUCAAGAGAUUGCAUAUGCAGAUUAUCAGUCUUUGGACUUUGGAAGUGUCAUUGACGACAUUCGAGUUGGGAUGAUGGACAUUCAGGGGGUACAAAUCUGUUUUGCGCCUAGAACGAGCAACAAAGUUGCUCACAAACUAGCCAAUAUGGCUUUUGAUUCAGGUCAACAUGAAACUUGGUUUGGUUCUGUUCCAAAUUGUAUUCUGGACAUUGUACAACAAGAGACUCAUCCUCCUAUUUGA